AUGGAGAAUCACACUAUAGUGUCUUAUUUUCUGCUCCUAGAAUUCUCCAAAGAUCGACAUCUGCAGCUUUUGCAUUUCUUCUUAUUCUUCAUAUUAUACCUGGCAACUGUAGCAACAAAUCUUCUCAUUAUCUCUGCAGUAGCUUUUGACCAUCGACUGCACAACCCCAUGUACUUCUUUCUAGUGAAUUUGGCUGUGCAGGAUAUGGGCAUUGUUUCAGUCACUGUCCCCAAAUCCAUGAUAAAUUCUCUCAUGAACACCAGAUACAUCUCUUAUUUUGGUUGCUUUGCACAAGUAUUGAUCUUUGCCUCCAUUGAAACUUCUGAUUUCUUCCUCCUGACAGUCAUGGCAUAUGAUCGGUAUGUUGCCAUUUGCCAACCGUUGCACUAUGAGUUGGUGAUGAAUUGGAAAGCCUGCACCAAAAUAGUGAUUCUGAUGUGGGUUAUAAGUCUUAUUCAUGGAAUGUUGCAUACUGUUGGCACCUUUUCAACUCCUUUCUGUUCCAGUAUUAUCAACCAGUUUUUCUGUGAAAUACCAUAUUUGCUAAAACUAUCCUGCUUUGGGAUCAAUUUAGUUGAAGUUGUAUUACUUGUGGCUAGUAUAAUCACUUUAGGAUUAGGUUGCUUUAUUUUUAUCAUUGUCUCCUACACGAUGAUCUUCAAGGCAGUUUGGAAAAUCCCUUCUGUGAAAGGAAGGCAGAAGACCUUUUCCACAUGUCUUCCCCACCUUACGAUCUUUUCAAUGUUUUGGGUAACAAUAUGCUUGGCGCAUCUGAAACUUCCUUCUAACACCAAAUCUUACUUAGAUUUCAUACAAACUGCCCUUUACUCUUUACUUCCACCUCUGUUUAACCCAAUCAUCUAUAGCAUCAGAAACAAGAAUAUCAAAUCUGCUGUAGCUAAAUUAUGGACUUUCUGA